CGCCUCUUCCGGUUCUGUCUUUUCGUCGCGUCGCCGCUUGUGGACCGCAACGUGUCCGGACAAGAUGGCACUUUAUAAUUUUAAGAAGAUUAUGGUGGUUCCCACCGCUAAAGAUUUCAUUGACAUCACAUUAUCUAAAACACAAAGAAAGACACCCACAGUGAUACACAAGCAUUACCAGAUCCACCGCAUCCGACACUUUUACAUGCGCAAAGUCAAGUUCACGCAGCAGAACUACCACGACCGGCUCACACAGAUCCUCGCCGACUUCCCCAAACUGGAUGACAUCCAUCCUUUCUAUGCUGAUCUGAUGAACGUGUUGUAUGACAAAGAUCAUUAUAAGUUGGCUUUGGGGCAAAUAAACAUUGCCAAGAAUUUGAUAGAUAAUGUUGCAAAGGACUAUGUGCGCCUGAUGAAGUAUGGCGAUUCUCUGUACCGCUGUAAACAGUUGAAGAGAGCGGCUCUGGGUCGUAUGUGCACCAUCAUGAAAAGACAGAAGUCCAGCUUGGAGUAUCUGGAACAAGUGCGUCAACAUCUUUCCCGUCUGCCGACUAUUGACCCCAACACGAGGACUCUGCUUCUCUGCGGGUACCCAAAUGUCGGCAAAUCCAGUUUCAUCAACAAGGUCACCAGAGCCGAUGUCGAUGUGCAGCCGUACGCCUUCACCACUAAAUCUCUAUUUGUGGGUCACAUGGACUACAGAUAUCUCCGCUGGCAGGUGGUGGACACUCCUGGGAUCCUGGACCACCCUCUGGAGGAGAGGAACACCAUCGAGAUGCAGGCCAUCACGGCUCUAGCUCACCUGCGUGCUGCGGUUCUUUACGUUAUGGACAUAUCAGAGCAGUGUGGCCACGCCCUGCAGGAGCAGCUGGAGCUCUUCAACAACAUCCGACCCCUGUUUGCCAAUAAGCCUCUGAUUGUUGUGGCCAACAAAUGUGAUGUAAAGAAGAUCAGUGAACUGUCUGAUGAAAACCAGAAAAUCUUUGCUGCCCUUUCUGCCGAGGGAGUUCCUGUCAUUGAGACCAGCACGCUGACCGAGGAAGGAGUCAUGCAAGUUAAAACAGAAUCAUGUGACCGACUCCUCGCCCACCGUAUCGACACCAAAAUGAAGGGCAAGAAGGUCCAUGACGUUCUCAACAGGCUCCAUUUGGCCAUGCCCACCAAGAGAGACGAGAAGGAAAGGCCUCCGUUCAUCCCAGAAGGAGCCAAGUUCCGUAAGAAAGCGAUGGAGGUGGAUGCACCCAAACGUAAACUGGAGCGGGAUCUGGAGGUGGAGUUGGGUGAUGACUACGUUCUCGACUUGCAGAAAUACUGGGACCUGAUGAAUGAAGACGAGAAGCACGAUAAGAUUCCUGAGGUGUGGGAGGGACACAAUAUUGCAGAUUACAUUGAUCCAGCCAUCAUGAAGAAACUGGAGCAGCUGGAGGAGGAGGAGGGGCUAAAGGAACGGGCCGGCGAGUACGACUCGGACGAGGAGAGCGAGGAUGAGGAGAUGCAGGAGAUCCGCAUGUUGGCCAAACAGAUCCGUGAGAGGAAGCAGCUCAUGAUCAUAGAGUCCAAAGAAAAGGACGUGCACGGGCCUCGCAUGCCCAGGACAGCUGCCAAGAUUGAAAGGAAAACGCUGGAGAAGGAGAUGGGUGAACUCGGUCUGGAUAUGAACGAGAAGAACAAUAGUCACUACGCACAACAGGCUCGGAGGUCUCGCAGUGUCGCUCUGAAACGCAAACGCGAGGCAUCAGCGACACCCACCUCCAGGACCCGCAGCCAGAGUGCCUCCCGUACACCACGAGACCAGUCAGGAUUACGUGAUGCAAAGAUGGUAAAGCGGGCAAAGAAGAUUAUGAAGAAUUCCCAGAAGGACAUGAACCGCCAGGGCAGGAAGGGGGAAUCGGACCGGCACAUCUUUGACCUGAAACCCAAACACCUGCUGUCCGGGAAGAGAAAGAUGGGCUCCACCAGUCGCAGAUAAAAACCUCAAUGGGAGGCUUCAGAUUCACAUCCUUUUUACUCAAAAUAUGAUGUGGAAAAAAAUCCAUCUUGCAGUCUGUUUCUAAAGAAACAAAACCUUCCUUAAAUGCAACAGCAUUUUUUUUUCUAAAGUUGUUAUUGUGUUUGUUCAGCAGGGAAUUGGACUCUGAUUGAACAGUUUUUCCUCUGGUGGUAUUUCCUACAUUAGCAUUGAUCACGCUCCCUCAGAUGAUGCCGUUUCUUUGUGUUAAAGUGAUUAUGAUGCUUCCUUAACAACACCUCUUGAUUAACAAGAGAACCAAAUAAAUAUAAUCUAAGUG